GACUACAACAAGAUACUGUUCUUUUUUGUGGUUGUCACUUUUCCGUAGUAACGCCUUUACACACCAUGACCACUGGUGCAGUGUUAAAGACACUCCCGGGAUUGUGUCUCUGUUAAGGGACACCAGUGUCUCUCGGCGGCGGCAGCGUCGUUUGGAUGAGAUCAGCUCAUCCAAGUGCCUGGAAUAAAUAAGGUGACGUUUUAACGGGCUACUCCAUCCUUAGCUCGCUAACGUGGGGCAUUUCUGUAUAUCCCUCUGUCCACCCCAUUCCUCCCUCCUUCCCUUCCUUCCCUUUCCUCUUGGGUCUGUAAAUAAGCUGGGGCUGUGUAGUCCCUCGAGAGUCCCCCUCCCCUCCUCCCCCCACUCUUCUCCACCACAGCUUUCCCCCGCAAACUCCUGUGCGCGCUCAGACUCUGCUUCUGUUGGAAGGCCCUGGGGAUGAUCCACUGGGCCACUCUGAUGCACAUCGUCCACACAGCCUAAGACAGGAAAGACUAACCAGUGUGAGUGUGAGAGAGCCCUUGGAGGAGGGCAGAGAGUAUCCUGCGAAGCCCGUUCACCAAGCCUGGCACAAAGCUUGGCUUGCCCCUUCACUACUUCAGCCCCUGAGAUGCCCUCUCCUCCCAAUGAUGGAGAGGAUCAAGGAGCGUCCCCCAUGAACGGGCCAUCUGUGGGCUCCUAUCAGAGCAGUGGGAAGAGGAAGGUGCGCAUGAAAAAGAAAAAAGGAUCCAUCAGCGCCAACGUCGUAGGCACCAAAUACGAGAUUGUUCGUAUAGUCAUCAACGAGAUGGACUUCAUGAAGACGCGGGACGACGACGAGACCGCCAACCUCAUCUGGAAUGACUCUGCUGUGCAGCACGAGAAAAUCGCUGAGCUCAGGAAUUAUCAGAGAAUUAACCAUUUCCCUGGCAUGGGCGAAAUCUGCCGGAAAGACUGUCUAGCAAGAAACAUGUCCAAAAUGAUCAAGUGCCAGCCUCAAGAGUACAGCUUCAUACCCAAAACCUGGAUCUUCCCUGCCGAGUACACUCAGUUCCAGAACUACGUCAAAGAGCUACGCAGGAAACGCAAGCAGAAGACCUUUAUCGUCAAACCUGCCAAUGGAGCCAUGGGUCACGGGAUCUCACUUAUCCGAAACUGUGAGAAGUUGCCAGCCCAGGAACACUUUAUCGUUCAGGAGUAUCUGGACAAGCCCUUCCUGAUGGAGGGCUACAAGUUCGACCUACGCAUCUACAUCCUUGUCACUUCCUGCGACCCACUUCGCAUUUUCCUCUACAAUGACGGCUUGGUUCGUAUGGGCACUGAGAAGUACCAUGCACCCAGUGAGGCCAACCUGAGCCAGCUCUACAUGCAUCUGACCAACUACUCGGUCAACAAACACAAUGAAAACUUCGAGCGAGAUGAGACGGUCGACAAAGGCAGCAAGAGGUCCAUCAGUUGGUUCACGGAGUUCCUCCGCACCAAUGACUAUGACGUGGCCAAAUUCUGGGGUGACGUCUCUGAGCUGGUGGUUAAAACAUUAAUAGUGGCUGAACCCCACGUGCUGCACGCCUACCGCAUGUGCCGCCCUGGCCAGCCACCAGGGAGCGACAGUGUCUGCUUUGAGGUCCUGGGCUUUGACAUCAUCCUGGACCGCAAACUCAAACCAUGGCUACUGGAGAUCAAUCGAGCGCCAAGCUUUGGGACCGAUCAGAAGAUUGAUUACGAUGUGAAGAAAGGGGUGCUGCUCGAUGCUCUCAGACUCCUCAACAUAAGGGCAAGUGAUAAGAAACGCAACCUGGCCCAGCAAAAGGCAGAGGCGCAGAGACGACUCUAUGGACACGGCUCCGUGAAGAAACUUUCCGCUACUUCCUCAGACUGGGAAAAGCAACGUCACACGCUGGAGAGAAGGAGAGAAGAGCUGAAAGAGCGGCUGGCACAGGUCCGCAAGCAGAUUUCCAGGGAAGAGCAUGAAAAACAGCAUCUGGGGAACUACAGACGUAUUUACCCUCCAGACGACAAGCUGCUGUUGGAGAAGUAUGAAAGCCUCCUCUCGGCCGCCUUUCAGACCUUCCUUGCUGGGCGAGCUGCCUCACUUCAAAAGGAAAUGAAUAAUCCUCUGAAACAAAUGAAGGAGGAGGACAUCUUGGAUCUGUUAGAGCAGUGUGAACUGGACGACGAGAAGCUUAUGGGCAAAUCCUCCAGGCAACGAGGCCCUAAGCCCUUGACUGCUAUGCCAGAAUGCAGCCAGACACCAAGGCGACAACGACCAGACUACCUGGCUGACUUCACCAGCGGCAGCAGCGCGGAAAACUCAUGCUCCUCCUCUGAUGAAGAUGAGGAGGAGGAGGAGGACAGGAGGAAAUCAGUAGGAGGAGGUGGUCGAGGUGGAGAGAAAAAGGAGAAGAAAGUUUCUUAUGACCUUGGGGAGAGCAAGGACAAGAACGUGGCUGAGCGCUCAGGUCGUAUGCACUGGAAACCGCCAGUCAAGUCGCCCAAAACCAAUCCGGCCCCCUCUGCUUCACCAACACUUUCUGGUCCAAUCAGGCGCUCCAUCUCCUGCCCUCGCUCCAUUGCCUCCCUCUCAUCACCCAGUGAGGUGCGAGCACUGUGCACCAGGCCUUCUCCUACACUUCCCGUGGCCACUCCCCUCAUCAGGCCAAGCUCCGCCACACUGCGCUCUCACUCGCUGAGCCGCAGUGGCUCCGCCUACCGUGUGCCUCACAGCAACAGCCUGGGGACCAUCCACACCAACAUGGGCGAUGCUCUCAUAAACCUGAGGAGUAAAGAGCAGGAGGCAGAGCUGGUGCAUCAGACUCUGGCUGCUCUCACUGCCAUGAGGAUCAGGUUUCCUGGCAAAACCGAGGAAGAGGCCGAGGCUGUGCUGGAUGAGAUCCUUGACAACUGGAAAUACCAUAAACCAAAGGUGGCCUCCUAUUGGUUAGUGAAGCUGGACUCAACCAAACAACGGAAGGUGUUGGACAUCGUUCGUACCAAUGUGCGCUCGGCACUGCAGCGGAUCUGGAGGGAGCCAGAUGUUGACAGCCUCCACCUCUACCGGCUCUUUAACCGCGUUUUCAACCGGCUGCUCUGGAGCCACGGGCAGGGCCUUUGGAACUGCUUCUCCAACACUGGCUCAUCGUGGGAGACCAUCUUCAGUAAGAGCAGUGAAGUCGUGUCACCCAAGGAGCUGCAAUGCUGCCGCCGGCUGGUCCAGCUGUGCCGAGACUGCCUUUUAGUCGUCUACAAGUUUGUCUCUGAGUCCCGUGGCUCUUUGACUGGACUCAGCCCCGAAUGGGAUGAUACCAGGUAUCUGCUGCCAGUGACCUCACAGUUCAUCAUGAAGUGGCCUUCGUCCAGCUUUGUCCGCAUCUCCGCGGCCAUGCCACGCUCGAGCAGCCUCUUCGCCGCCAGAAUGGGACACUUCUGAGGUCACUGUGGCAACACUGCCUUCUGACCUCGACCACCCCAUCAUCCCUCACCCCCCGAUUUCACUCAGCCAAUUUCCAAUCUCAGCAAUCCUGGUGUGGAACUGAACUUUGGGCAGCUCUGGACAUGGGACGGAGCCUCACGUUCGGCCAAAAAUAUUGAAGUUGACAGUUGAACAAUAAAGGAUUGCUAAAGGGCCUUAUUCAGUUUAGAGAUGUUUGGCCCUGCUCAGACCAGCAGACCUCACAUACCCUGGAACCUUCCCUUUAGCCCCCGUAACAUCAGACAAUGGGUUUAACCCCCCCCUCUCAUUGUACUUGCUGUAUAAUACCUACUCACUGUACAGUUAUAACUUACGGUACUGUAAAAGGAAAGAAUAACAACUACUAAACAAUGCAAGGAUUAUUUAUUUAUGGACUUAUUUAUAUUGUAAGGUAUUCCAUGAAUGCAGUGAAUGUGGAUGCAGAUGUGGAACGAUUUCAACAGAGCUAUCCCUUGUUAGAGAAAAUGGCUUUAAAAAAAAAAAAAAGAAGACUAUUUUUUGCUGUCUUAAAUCAUGUCUGUAUUAUGAAUUUUAUUUAUUUUCACUUUAUGUUUACAAUGUUUUAACCGUCACUUUAUGCUCUUGUUUUUUUUUUUUUUUUUUGCAGUUCACAGCGGAACGCUCGUCCCCCGGAGAAUGAUUCUGAACGAUGUUUCCCCCGUUGUGAUUAUGCAGCGCUGUCUUAAAGCGACAAAAUGUUAAGAAUGUGAGUGUAGUGAAGCCUCUUUUGUCUCGAGCCCACUCGGAUUGUGGAGUCUCAGAGAGCAGCUAGUUGAGAGAGAAAGUGGGCUCACGUUAUAGUCGUGUCUGCAUGUUUAGAUUUUUAGUCCCUCAGUCGGGCGUGGUGGCGAAACCAAGGAGCUGGACUGGGAAUAUACUUGAAGUUAGUAUGCUGUGAGUCGUUAAAUAGUGUGUCUCGUAUCGGCCGCUCUCGGUAGAAGACGUGUGUUGAGGAUGAUUAGGAUGCUUUGCAUCGCUCAGAGAGUGUGCAGCGUCGAAUGACUCAGGUCAUGUACUGUACUGUAACAGCAGUGAUUUUGUUGGGAUGAGCAGGUGCAGCCUUCUCGCUCUCUCUCUCUCUCCCCCCCCCAUACAAGUGCCAGGGGAAACAGGGUGGACAUGCCCACAGUAAGCACGUCCACUUCAAUGUGUUAAGUUUGCUUUUUAUUUCAGGUCGAUUCUCCACAUCAUGAAACGCCUGUAUGACUUCAGUUAAACACAGUAUUGAAUGUUUGCAGGUAGGAGACGCAGUGUUGUGUGUUUAGCAGUUUAUGAAUGUGUAUGAAUCCAUGGGACGAUGCACUGACUACACUUUUAAAUAUUACGGUAGUUUGUCAACACAGUGCAGAGGCCAUUUUAUACCAUCAGUUGUGACUAAUAAGUGUAGCAGCAGCGCCGUGUUGAAUGUGCUCGGAUGGAAUUCUCCCCACAUACUGAACAUUAAUUCACAAUGCCAAAUAUUUUUUUAUUUUACGUCGUCUGAUUUUAUUUGUGUUAUUCAUGAGCAGUACUCUAUCAUUGGAGGUAUGGGAUUCUUAUUUUUAUUUUACAUAGCAAUAAAAUGUUUAAACAAACAACA